CGCCAUCGCAAAAGUUUGUCAUUGCUAUUGUUUAUCAUUUUCUUUAUACAAUAAUGGGUUUCAUCAGCGUUACCUUACUUCCUUGGAUCACCGACGAAUUUCUUCCCAUAGCCAAUAAUUACUUGCAUAAAGGCGCCUCGUCGGUUAAAGACAACUGGAAACCAAUUGUAUCGGCCUUUGGGAUAAUUACCGUCUAUCAUCUUGUUGAAAUCAGACGCCACCGGUAUCGAUAUAUUAACGAAUUACGACAGAAAUACCCAGAUCCAAGUAUCGCAUUGAAAGAUUCUCAAGUAGCCGCCAAAGUGUUUGACAUAGCUAUGAGAAAGGAAUUUCCAGCACUCCAUUAUGUGGCAUUCAAUAUCGCAUUGUACCGAUCUGUCACUAUUCCAUCCAUCAGCAGGCUUCUUGUUGCUACCGGGGAGGCCCACGUUAAUCCACAAAAGCGAGAAGAAGACUCAUAUUUGCUACUGCACGAAAUGCUAGAUGUAUACCCCCACAUUCAAUCUGAACGAAAAAAGAACCCUAGUUUGACUGCCGAGAAAAUCGAAGAACAGGAGCUCAGACGUACACAUGCCAUAGCUCGUAUGAACGAGAUCCACAGUCGCUAUCGUAUCCUGCACGGUGAUUUUCUGUACCAACUCGUGCUGUUCGUAAGUGAGCCGAUUUAUUGGAUCAAUAAGUUUGGGUACAGAAAGCUGGAUGAACUCGAGAUGAACGCCAUAUACAAGAUGUGGGCUGAUAUUGCCGACGGCAUGGGCUUGGAAAAUUAUCCAUCAUCAGCGAAAGCUAUGAUAGAAUAUCAUAAGAAAUACGCAGCAGCACAUUCGAGAUAUUUCCCCACAACCGAAAAGGUGUCUGAAAGCACGAUCAACAACACAGCUUCUCAUUUCCCGAGCUGGGCACGACCCUUUGUCAGAAUGGCCUUUUCAUGCAUGAUUACACCGCAGGAUUGCAGGGCAAUGGGCCUACCACAGGCUUCCGGGUGGUUCAAGUCACUUUUUGACUCGUACUUGUAUUUGCACGGGUAUUAUGUUCGCUUCCUGCAAUUUCCUCGCAAAGAAUCGUAUCUGGGAACACCCGUUCACCCAAACGAAAACAAUCGGUAUAUGCCCCAGUAUGACUCAGGCGAUCACCCAGCGUAUCCAGAAGGUUAUACUAUAAAUGGUCUUGGUCCUACGAAAAUCAAGACAUCCUUAUGUCCAAUGCCUAAUGUGCGCGUCGGCACAUGUCCCGUCGCCCACUUCAAGUAGCUAUUUUAUAUAUGCACAGUGUCAAAACAAAAAGGCAAUAUAGCUUAUUAUUUUAUGUAGUAACAUCUCUUCUCUGCUCUCUUUCCAAACACAAACCGGAUAAUUUUGUUUUUUG